AAUACAUCUAUGGUACCUACAUAUCUACAAUAUACACUGGUCCUACCUUACAAUGACAGUAGACCUGACCCACAGUGUUUUUCGACAUAAAAUCCAAACUUACAACUGGUUUGCAAAACUUGCAUGUAUGUAUUCAGUAUCGUAGUAAUUUAAAGCAAGAACGCAUAUUAUAAACAGCUUAUAAUUUUAUUCAAUCAUGGCUUUAAAAGGCAUAAGAGUUAUUGAAAUGAUGGGGUUGGCUCCAGGUCCCUUGUGUGGAUCUAUAUUGGCUGAUUUUGGAGCAGCCGUUACAGUGAUUCAAAAAAUACAACCAAGCCCUUUUGAUGUUAUGUCAAAUGGAAAACGAAUGAUUUCAGUAAACCUUAAGAGCAGCGAAGGAAUAUCUAUAGUAAAAAAAAUGUGUUGUAAUUCAGAUGUAUUUUUGGAUACAUUUCGGCCUGGUGUAUUAGAAAAAAUUGGAUUGGGGCCAGACAUACUUUUAAAUGAAAAUCCUCGAUUAAUUUAUGCAAGAUUAACUGGUUAUGGCCAGGAUGGUUACUUGAAAGAUAAAGCAGGACAUGAUAUAAACUAUGUCGCUAUGUCUGGUAUACUGUCCUUAUUGCGAAGUAAAGAUCGCGCCCCAUCGCCACCUUUAAAUCUCUUGGCUGAUUUUGCAGGUGGCGGUGUGUUAUGCUCUUUGGGAAUUAUUUUAGCUCUCUUUGAAAGAACCAAGUCGGGAAAAGGUCAGAUUGUUGAUGCGAGCAUGACAGAUGGAUUGGCAUAUAUAUCAUCAUGGAUUUUUCGAUCGAGAAAAUUGCCAAUUUGGUCAGGAGAACCAGGAACAAAUGCACUGGAUGGUGGAAUGCCCUUUUAUAAAACAUAUAAAACAAAGGAUAACAAAUUUAUGGCAGUAGGGGCAUUAGAACCCCAAUUUUAUUCAGAAUUUCUGAAAGGUUUAAAUUUGUCAGAAGUUGAAUAUAGUCAAUUUGACAUCGAAAAAUGUGCAAAUAAAUUUAAAGAAAUAUUUUUACAGAAAACUCAAGAUGAAUGGUGCUCAACAUUCGAUAAGUUAGAUGCCUGUGUGACACCUGUUUUGGAAUUCGAUACUAUUGACCAACAAAAAUAUUAUGCUGAUAGCGAAACUUUCGACAGAGAUACUAAUAAUAUUAUUAUACCUAAGCCAGCGCCAAAAUUAUCAAUGACUCCUGGAAUACCUGUUGCUAAAAAGCCUUUACCCAAGGCAGGUCAAGACACAAUAGAUAUAUUAAGAGAAAUAGGUUACAAACAAAGCGAUAUAGAGGAGUUUUUAAAUAAAGGUUGUGUAUACGCUACUGAAAAAUCUCAUUUGUAAAAAAAUUGUGAAAAGAUUUUUUUCAACUAACUUUAAAUUUUCGUAUUAAGGAAUGAUCCAUAUGAAAUAUCGGUAUGGUCCUAAAUAUACGUAUUUUAUAUAUAUUAUA